CAAAAACAAAUAAUGGUAACCAGCUAGCUGUCUUGCCAAAAAUCUACAAGAAACUGUGUGACAUGGAAGAGAGCAUUGGUCACUUAGACACAGACACAGCAGUAUCUAUAGCCUAUGCCGCUCUCUCACGUUUGACCACCUCCGUGAAUCACUAGACUGCGCGUGCGUCAUCUCCUUCUCCCUCCCUCUCCCCAGAGACGAAUGACCAGCCCUUUUCAUAGCUCAGAAGCAACAGAACAGAACAACCUUUUCUUAUAAUUUUUUCACUCUUUCUCUGAUACGAAACAUUGUCAGUCCCUCUCUCACUCCCUCGAGCUUCAUUUUCUUGGUCUCUGCGCACAAUCCAAUCUCUCACAUGAUUCUCUCUUUCUUUCACGUCUUUUCAUUUUUUAUUCUCCGUCAUCAACAUCUUUCAUUCACUGAUCUUUCCCUUUCUUUGUUCAAGAGAAUCACCUGUUGUUUACUUUAAGACAUGUAGAUAAUAUAAUACUAUUACUACUAUUGAGUAACGGAAUAGUACAGGUAGGCCAAUCUACUUUUUUUCUCUUCUCUUUCUAGUUUCUACAGUCUACAGGGUUUUCUUGGUUGUCUUCUCUUGCUUUCUCCUGUCCUUUUCACUCCUUCCCAUUACAUCAUUGUAGGGCGUUUUGGUUUUUUGCUCACUUGGUGUUCUAUUGCUGUUUUGGGGUAACUUAACUUGGUUAGCUACAUUGCAUUGUUUUGUUGGAAAGAAGGGGUUUUUUCACAUGGGUUUGCCAGAUAGAUGGUUUUUGAGAUUUGGGUGUGUUUGGUUUUGAAAGAGAGCGAUUUUUGGUUUCUUGGAGAGAUGAAUGAAACAGCAGGGACAUGUUUAGCGAUAACAGAGAAAAAGGCUCAUAGGCCUGGUGGCUGUGUUGGUAUUUUCUUUCAGUUAUUUGAUUGGAAUAGGAGGUUUGCUAAGAAAAAGCUCUUCUCCAGGAAAUUGCUUCCAGCAGCUCGUGCAAAACAGCCAUCAAAGAAGUUUGGAGGGGAUGAGAAGAGGCCCAAAACAAAGCUCCACCUGAUUGCUGAUGAGAAUAAAGGGGGUUUUCCAAAUGUAAAGAAAAAUGAAAAUUGUAAUGGUGAUAUGGUAGUGCAAAAGCAUGAAAUGAGAGCUCCUGGUUUGGUUGCUAGGCUGAUGGGCCUUGAUUCUUUGCCAGCUGCUCAUCGAGAUAAGCACAAGAAAGUUUCAAAUUCUGUUGAUUGUGAUGUUACAGAAGAGAAAUUUGUUAACAAAUGCCGCAGUGGAUCUGAUAGGGAUGGUUUGAAUGUGGUGAAAGGGAGCGAAAAGGUUGAAUCUAGGCCUCAAAAGCUUCAAAAGACAGGACAGUUUGAGAGACGAGCAGUGACUAGGUUUGGAGCUGAGGCCUUGCAAAUGAAGGGUGUUUUGUCAAGGUCUAGAAAGCAUCAUCAUCCAAAGCUUGCACCACCAGUUAAGAGUCCGAGGAAUUCCUCUUCCAAGAAUGCAUCUAGGACGUCUAGGUUGAUUGAUGCUGCUACUAGAAUUUUGGAACCUGGGUUGCAAGCUACCAAUAGGGCAAAAAGUGCUCUUACUUAUUCAAGUUCUGUGAAUUAUUGUCCCAGGGAUGAAGUGUUGGCAGAGGAGAUUGGAAUUAUGUUACCAAACAUUGUGAAACAACAAGAUAUUGAAGAUUGUAACGAGGGUGCGGGUAAAUCUUUUAUAGGGCAAACUUCUUACAAAAAUUGUGGUAAUUUGUUUGACGAACCCAAUUUGAAGGAGCAGCAGUUUGUUUGUCCAUCCACGGGUUCAAAUUAUUUGUCCUCCCAUGAAUCAGAAAUGACCAAGCCUAGGUUACCCACAUCCACUCCUGAUCAAGAAAGAAAUGUAAUUUAUCAGAGACAUUGGGACCAACAGUCCAUCGCUGUGAAAAAACAGGAUAACACUCGUGUACCAAGUCAAACCAUCACAGUUAUCAAACCACUGUCUCAAGAAGGUCAAUCACAGCGGCAAUCGAGAAGCCAGCAGUGCAGACCUCAACAGCAAGAGUCAUCUUUUAUUACAUUUAAGCAGAGGAUCCAGACUCAAAAUGAGAUAUUUGUAAGCAGAAAUAGAACUCCAUCAAGGGCCAAAAUAAAUAAUCUGCGAAGCAAGGGAGCUUCAUCAUCUGCAAAUGCUAUUAGUGGGGCUACAGAUUUUGUUGCUUUGAACAGAAGAAUAAUCAGUCGUGGCCGGCCAAGGGCAUCUACCUUAGCUGAUAAUUCUAUAAUUGACAAAGACAGAAAAGUUUGCAGCAGACGAGAUGAUUCCAUGUCACAGCUUAGGAGCCCAGUGCGCAAGAGGAGGACAGUCAGUGUCAAUGCUCAAGUUGAAAGUACUGGAUUUGCUAAUCCAAUGUCUACAAGACAAAGGAACACCAAGUCUGAUAUAGUGAGUAGAAAAGAGGUUGCAUCCAGCUCUCGCUCCAUGGACUGUGCAUGUAUAAAAAAUGGAUCACUUAAUGGAGAAUGUAAUAAAAAUAAUUGCUGUAGGGAGGAUGAUGUCGCAUCUUUUACAUUUAAUUCUCCAUUGAGGCACAAAAAUUUUGUUUCCUUGGGGCUGAAAGAGAGGAGUCACCAAAUUGAUAAGAACGCUUCUUACCAAAGAAGGAGGCUGGUGUUGGAUGAGAAUGAUGGCAAAACAUCUUUGCAGAAUAAAUUGCCAUUGAAAGGAGAUGCGCUUAGCACUAUUUUAGAGCAAAAAUUGAAGGAAUUAGCCUCUCAAGAAGAGGAUGAAUUGAUAAGUGGAGGCAGUCACCUGAAGAAAUCCACUGCAAUGAUUCUUCAGGAGCUAAUAUUCGCUUUAACUGCAGAUCAGCCUAUGUCUCCACAUGCUCAUGUUUUUAAUGCAGACAAAACUUGCGAGAAGGAAGGAAAAAUCAGGAGGAAUUCAGUUGGAAUAUCACUUGAUGGCGAUCAUCUUAGUCCUGGAUCUGUGCUUGAAGCGUCUUUCUCAAAUGACAGUUGCUUUUCAAGCAGUCUGGAUGAUAGUUCAGGAUGCAGGAUGCUGCUAGACUCCAUGGAUUACUCCUAUGAUCAACCACAACCAGUAGUCACUCAUGCUGAUCUUCUGGAUUGUGCAACCUCUUUGAUACCAGGGAGAACAGGUAGCAGGAUAGCUACUGAUCUUCUCAACCAUGUUUCUAGGAUAUUACAGAGCAUCAAUCUUGCUGGUGGAGGGUUAACUGGAAAUCAGCUCAGUCAUGCCAAGGAGGUUAUCUUGAAUACUGAACUCUUGUUUGGUAAUGCAACUCUAUGUAAUUCAGAUAGAAUGAAGAGAUUUCUCAUCGGUUCCCUUCUGCUUGAUGGACAUGAAGCUCUUGCUGGUGCCAUGUGGAAAAAUCUUAAUUGCCUUCUUGGUUUUGAAGACAGCAAAGAUGGUAUUCAACUCAGACGGUUUCUUCUUGAUUGUGAGAUUGAAUGCUUAGAUUCAAAAUACAGCCGGUACUGUUACUCUGGAUUCAAAGCAUGGAAAAGAGUACCUUCAUGCAUGAAUGUAGAGAUGUUGAUUCAAGAGAUAGGUGAGGAGGUAAGAAGGUGGUCAGACUUUGCUGGGAUGAUACCUGAUGAGAUAAUAGAUUGGGAGAUGAGUCAUUCCUUGGGAAAAUGGACAGAUUUUGAAAUUGAAGGAUUUGAAACUGGUGCAGAAAUUGACUGGGACAUCCUUCAGACUUUGGUUGAGGAAAUUGCUGUUGACCUUUGGGAGUGGUGCAGGGUGGAUUCCUUUUGAGGUGUGGCUAACGUACUGGAAUUUGUAGGUGUACUUUGUUCUAUUAUGAUGCCACUACUUAACCUGUGUGUACCAUGAGUGGCAUUUUUUUUUGUCCAAAACGACGGGUGGUGUUAAUUUAAUAGGGCUCUUAGAUGUUGUAGAUGAGCAAGUAUUUUUCAAAUGGAAAAGCAGCUUCAAAUGGUCUUCUGCGUAA